AUGAGAAAUCUAGAUAAAAUAUGUAAAAUUUGCCACGUAGAAGAAUCUGAAAAUGAGAAGCUAUUAUAUCCAUGCAAAUGUACUGGUAGUAUUAAAUUUACUCAUGCUUCAUGUCUAUUUAUGUUUAUUAAAAGUAGUGGUAAAGAAUAUUGUACAAUUUGUAAGCAUAAAUAUGAAUUUGAAGAGAUUUACAAAGAAGGUACGCCUGAUAGACUACCAAUCACAAUAUUAUUUAAAGAAGCUUUACUCCUAUUUACAAGCAUAUUUAACUAUAUUGUUAAAUUAAUUCGUAUAUUUAUAUUUUUGAGUAUUGUCAUUUUUACAAAUGGAUUUUUAUUUUUGUAUCUUUUCGAAAUUAAGUAUUUAGAUUUCCUUUUAAACUUUUAUAUUUUAUUUGGAUCCGGAAUAUUUAUUUCUUUAGCUUCAUUCUCUUUAAGCCAUCUUUUUAAUAUUUUUUCUAAAAGCGUCAGUGUUAGAAGAUCCAGAAGAGUCCAUAGAAUAGAUUCAAUGAGUGUACUAAGCUCAAUGGCUAGUGAAGCGCUUUCUCAGAGUGAUUCACCUAGAAAUUUAUUAGUUAACAUUGCAGAAGAAAGGGAUUUAUCUUUUAUAGGCACACAAAGACAUCUUCAGGCUGAGCAACACGAACAAGCUGAAGAUAGUACUAGUAGUAAUUUUUCCUACAAUGAUACCUAUAAGAUUUUGUUUAAUAAGACUUUAUUGCCUAAAUGUUGUAACUUUGUAUUUUUCUUGGUGAUAUUUAAAAUUUUAUAUAAGUAUGUGUCAUUUGAACUUCCUGACUGUACUUUUACAUUUUUUUUACGAUCCAUUAAUUUAUAUGAUUUUACUAAAAUGGUAAUUGCGCUUUACAGCUUUUUUCUACUAGUUAUUUUAGGUGCAAAAAGGUGGAUAAUUUUGUUUAGAUUUUUUAAGAUUAUUAACUUUUUAUUUCUCAGCUUUCUUAUGAGCUUGUAUAUUGACGGGAUAUGUGUACAUUUUUUAUAUUCCCUUAUUAUCAAUAAUGGAAUAUUAGUAGAUUUUUCUAUGUAUUCACACGGGUUUGUAUACAGCUUUUUAUUUCAUUUUAUUUUAGGAUAUUUUAUUAAUCGAUUUUUAAAGAGAUAUAUUUCUUUCUAUGCAAAGAAUUUUAGACCUGGUCUUUUUUGGAACUUAGCAGAUCCCUCUAAUGGAGUAGAUUUUUAUUAUAAGUUAUCUUCCAUUCCUUUUUAUGUUUUGGCUAAAGGGAUUAUGUACUUUAUUGUAUUUCAUUUACUUGUCUGUUCUCAGUUUUUAUUUAUAAUCAGAUCAGAGAUUAGUAGAAGUUUUAAGAUUUCAAAUUUACUAAGAUUACUGUUAUAUUUAAAAAUAGGAAAUUUCUAUAUUGAUUUAUCUUUUAAUUUUUUUAAUAUGAUAGCAUUAUUAAAUACAUAUGUUAUUAGACAUAUUUCAAGAUACAUAGGGAUGCAAAACUUUUUAUUUAAUGAAGAUAUCGGCGAUAUUAAGAAUAGAAAUGUAUUUUUAAAAUGGUGUCCUAAUAAGCACAAAUUUUAUGACGUUAAUUUGGUACAUAAAAAGUACAAUACUAAAGUUUCACUUGAAGAUGUUGAUAAAUAUUUUGGCAAAAAUAAUAACAAAGAUUUUGGAAUAUUUUUUGUUCCAAAGUUUUUUAAGAUUUAUCAGUUCUCGAUGCCUCUUUUAAUGACUACUACUACAUCAUUUAGUGUAAUGUUGUUGACUAAAAUAUUAAGGAUUUUUACAGAUGUAAUAAUAUCUAAAUAUAAAAGAAUGCAUACAAUAAGGGAUAUAUUAUUUGCAUUAUUAUAUGCCAUCAUAUUGUAUACAAUAUCACUGUGUGCUAGCAAAAGUAAUAUAAAGACUUUGCCUAAAAAUAUAAUAUUAUUUAUAUAUUUAAAUUUCGUGUGGCCUUUGUGGAUUACAUUUAUUGUGGUAGCCCAAUAUGGAUCAACAGAUAUGAGUAUUUUACCAUUUUCUACAUUUAUGAUUUUAGUAACUAGCUCUUCUUUUUUACGCACUUUAUUUAAAAUGACAAUUUUUACGAUACCACUACAAAAUUAUUCUAUGAUAUACAUUAUUAGAAAGCUUUAUGCUUUUACUACGUCAGUUACUAUUUGUAUAUCUUUUAUGAAAUAUUCUAGUAUGAUUAUUAAUACGACUAUAAGUCUAUUGCAACAUAUCUCUAUUUUCUAUAUUUUAUUAUUUAUUCUUUCUAUUUUACUAAUUAAUGGACAGCUUAAAGAAUUUUAUCAGAGUAAAUGCAAGGAUAUUAAACGUAGAAAUUUUUUGGUUAGUCGAAAGAUUAGAAAUUUUGAGUCUAAAUAA